AUGCCCAUUAACUUCGGCAUAAUCGGCACAAACUGGAUCACGCAUUCCUUCGUCAAAUCCGCCCACGCCACCUCAAAAUGGAACUUGGCAGCCGUGUACUCUCGUAAAGAAGAGACGGCGCAAGAUUUUGCGGCAAAAUAUGAAGACAAGAAAAUCGCUCUGUACACCUCACUCGAGGAGCUAUCCAAGUCCACCGAUAUCUCAACCGUGUACAUCGCCUCGCCCAACAUCCUGCACUACGAGCAAGCGAAACUGAUGCUGCUCGCUGGGAAGAACGUCAUCCUCGAAAAACCAUCGUGCAGCACGCCCUCCGAACUCGACGAGCUGUUCAAAAUCGCAAAAGACAAGGAUGUCAUCUUAAUCGAAGCAUUCCGCCACAUCCAAGAAGCAAACUUCAAAAUCCUUAAAUCCGCCAUCUCCAAACUCGGCCCCUUGUACGGCGCAAGCAUAACUUUUGCCCAGUACUCCUCCCGCUACGAAAAAGUCCUCGCCGGCGAAACGCCCAACAUCUUCAACCUCGAAAUGGGCGGCGGCGCGCUGGUGGAUUUGGGCGUGUACUGCGUCGCAGCGGCUAUCGAAUUAUUCGGCGCACCGCAGGAUUCUACAUACUUCCCAGUCAAAGUAGCCACUGGCGCAGAUGGCGCGGGCAAACUCAUCCUCACAUACCCUUCCUUCACGGUAUAUCUGUGCCACAGCAAGAUCUACAACAGCAAUGCGCCUACGGAGAUUUACGGGGAGAAGGGCACGUUGGUCAUCCCUACAGUGACGGAUAUCGAGAGCGUGGUGUUGUGGGAUAGUAAGAACAAGAGCAGGACUGAAUUAGCGGGCGCGAAGGAGCCGGCGGAAUUGAAUCUGAAAGAGGAGGCAAGUGAGUUUGCGAGAUGUAUUGAGGAGAGGGAUGCGGGGGCAGUGAGCAAAUGGGAGUCUGAGGCAUACAAGUGUCAGAAAGAAGCCAUGUCGAAGCGAAACCGAAAUUCAUUCCACAAAAAGCUGACCUGUCUCGCAUGCCUCCUCGCCGCCGUCGCAGUCGCAGUCGCCGCAGCCGAAGUCUUCGUCACCGCAGCCAAAGUCUUCGUCACCGUCGCCAGGAUUGUCGAAGUCGCAACCCUCGAGCUAGCCGCCGUUGAGCUCCCCACCGUCGAACUCGCCACCACCUUCGCCGCCGAACUGCUAGCCUGGGGAGUAACAUACUUGAUAUCCCAAUUCUUACAGCUGUCUCCAUCCGCACACUUCUUAUAG